UUCUCAUCUGUAACAGGAACUUCCAUCCCACCACCUACUCGCUCAUUUCAUAAUCCCGUAAUCGGUGAGUUAGGACAUGUCAUUGUGUUUUCUCAGAUUGCAGAGGAAAGUAACACGGGAGAAACUGACAGUGAAAAAUGAAGAUUUUGUCUGCAGCAACUUUUCUCACCACAACUGAGCACAGUCAAACAACUUCUGAUUCAUUCGGAGCCAAUUCUGCCUGUGAGGAAAAGAGACUCAGCUGGAAGCAGCUUCGUCUCCACCCAAGCGCAGCAGCCACCUCAAGAGUGUGCGCUGAACUUUGCAGAGAAACUCCUUUUGGUUGUUCAGAGUGCUGCAUCCCUCCAGCAGGACAGACCACAGCCCCCAGAUCGAAAGUGCAAUGAAGUAGCAGCAUCUAUCUGCUAGCAGGGUGCACACGGGCAGCCCCACACAGCCUCUGCUAGAAGAUGGACACCCACAGGAGCCUCGUGGGCACUGACAACAGGUGUCCUGCCGCAGGGUCCUGCUUGCUCCCAGCAAUGCAAGUUUCACCUGCACUCCCCCUUCUCUUUGCGCUGGCAUGUGUUGGUGUAAACAUGUCCGCUACAGUUGUCAAGGAAUCAGAUAACAUGUGUGAAGAAACAAAGGUCCUGAAAGGAAUCCCAGAUGCAACAGUCCUCGUCGGAAAGAUAUUCUGUUAUCCAGUGCCAGUAUUUGCCUUUCAUGGAACAAUAACUCAAUACAAGGUCACUUUAGCCAGUGGUGCAAAUUUGCCAAGCUGGUUGGACUUCAAUCCCAACACAAACAUGCUGCAGGGACUGCCAAUGACUGGGGAGAGCGGAACAUACCUGCUAAGCAUAACUGCCUCUGGAAGAAAGUGCACCCAGAGAGCUGCUGUAAAGUUCACCAUCCAUGUUCAGGACAGCAUUUUAUUCCUGGACACGGAGAACAGCUUGAACCGCAUACCAAACAGGCACCAGUGUGGGAAGGAAGUUCCCAUCACUUCUGCUGAAAUCAUUCUCUCCACUGGAGCCAAAACCCUGGAAGCGCAGGAACGCCUCUACAUCGUGUACACAAUUGCUGCAUAUCUCCAUCUGGAUUCCUCCCUAGUAACCCUGCUGCAGUACACAGAUGUGGUGCACAGAAACUUGCAGAACCUGACUGUGCUGGCCAGAGACACUUCAAACAUUGAUUUCACAGUGAACCGUUACGUAGGACUCUCCUGGCCUGUCAAGUGUGGAGAGCUUGCUGUGCUCCAUGAAUUCAUUCAAGUCCUACAACACAAUAUUGAUUCACAGCAUCUCUCACAACUCUUGGGAUAUGAAAUUUCAGGCUGGAGAAUACAUAGGAGAGGGAAUUGCAAAAAAAAGCCUCCGAGACAACAACGCAGGCAAUUAAUGAUCACGCCAACACCUACAUUGAAGGCAAUUAGAAUUACCCAGAGACCAGCUGCAGUUACUCCCCGUCCUUCAUUCUCUGCUGUGCCAAGUCAUUUGCUCUUACCACUUGCUGUAUCACCUACCCAAAGUUUAUACAAAGACAGUAUAACAACAAGCUACCAGUUGCAGAACAACAUCCAUUCUGUAAGUCAAGAAAGUUCAGUCACCUUAAAAAUGGACUCAGCUUUGGACAUGCCAACUAAUGAUCCAACUGUAGUUGUUAUGUUUGGAGAUACUGGUUCUUCAGAUCUUUCACCUUCUCUGGUUCCUAAAUCAGUGCUUCUCUUCACUGAGCAGAAAGCGCUGCCCACCAGAGCUCCUGGCAUGUCCUUGCUGCUACAGCAACCUGAGCCUCACAUGUCUCAGACAGACUUAUAUUUCCAUUCUAGUAUAAUGGAAGUAUAUGGAUCCCAUCUCCUACAGGACAUCACCUCAAAUACAGACCUGCUUCCCAGACCCACGUACACUCUGAUGAUAAACACUCUUCAUGAGCGGCCCCAUAACUUGACAGAAGCACUUUCUUCAAAGACAGAACAUCAUGUAUUUUUGCCACAAGAAACGUCAACAUCAGAAAUGCCAGAUUACAGUGAUAAGGCAAAAAGCCACAUUCCAAAAUCUGAAAUGCUUUCUAGUGCAACCCUGUCUCUAGAGAGGCUUCAGUCUCUAUCCCCAAACACUUUGCUAACAGCCACAGCUUCAUCUGAUUCCACAUUUCCCAUCAAUUAUAUAUUUCCACCUCCAUCAGCAAGUAGUAGCCCAAGCCAGGAGUUAGCUCAUGGCCAUGAACUAUCAUCUAAGUCUUCUGCAACUGUGCCAUCAUACUAUAGGCUUCUAUUUAUUGGAGGAAGAAGCACAGUUUCUUCUGUAAUCCAAUCAGAAGCACAGAUCCUCUAUCCCAAACUGAAUUUCCAUACUGAAAUCUCAGCCUGCUUUUCUAGCUCUUCUUACAGCCCUUUCCCUGGGGAAGCUAAAACAUCUUACGAAUCAAGUCUGCUCAUUCUGUCCCAUCCUGAUAGCACACCAGUUCUUACUCUUACACCACCAAUUGUACAUUCUACUUAUGGUGAUAGCAUGCUCAAAACACAGAUGCAGUCUCGAAGUAUUUUAUCCACAAAGGAGUUGCACUCAGGCAGAGAUCUGGGAACACGAAUGAUUUUGCCAAACAUCACUGCGCCUACCCUGGAGUUCCACAAAAUCUCAGAUGUCAUAGUUGAUGCCAUAGAAGUACCCCUGGUGAAUUUAUUUACUGCCACGUCUCAACCGUUCAACAGUGUGCCAGAGCUGAUUCAGACACUACCACCAUCACACCAGGAUGCAAGCACCUUGCAAUUUCCUACCGAUGAAACGCUACAAUCUGCAGAAAGUACAGGGAUUCUCCCUCUAUCUUCUAUUUCACAAGAGCUUGAGAAUAAAACCCCAGGGCAAACGAACACUUCUCCAAAGGUCGUUCAUUCAAUCCAAUUCAUAACAGCAACUAUUGGAUGCCUGUUCUCUUUUCCUGUAUCUGCCAACACAUUUUACGAUGAGGAAGAUGGCAAUUCAACUCAGUUAUCUUUACAGUUAAUUCCAGCUGAUGACUCUCCAGGGGGAUCAGAAAGCUGGCUUCAAUUUAAUGCGUCUCAGCAGACCAUGCAUGGCUAUCCCCUUGAUAUUGAUUUCCAGUAUUCACCUCAAGAGUUUGUUCUGUCUGCCACAGAUUCAGGGGGACUGACUGUCUGGCAAUCCUUUACCAUUGAGCUUCUGAAGCCCACAGAUGUCCCAUGCCACCUUUACACCAUCAGAACCAAAAACAGCUAUUACUCCUUCUUGAGAGAGAGGAAAAGGAUUAGUUUAUUUCUAGAGAAGCUCUCCUUGUAUUUGAACUCCACCAAUCCCAAAGACAUCGUGGUGACCGCUCUCAGACCUGGAUCCACAGUAAUCUCAUGGUACAACAGUUCACUGUGUACAAGUGCCAACAGACCUUUCAGCUGGUGUGCAAAAGAGGAAAUCCAGGAAGCACUAAGCAAACUACGAGUGCCAGAUGGAUAUGUUAGCCCACGUUUCAUCCAAGCAAUGUUACCAGAAUACACGGUUGAUGUCAUCUUCAAUAUUUCAUAUAGUGAUAACUGCUUUCCCACUACAAAGCCAUUUGGUGGAUCUUUCGACAGUACUGCGCCUAUGCUUCAAGACUGGCAUGACUCCAAUAUCAUAAAGCCCCCAUCAGCCUUACUAAGCAGUCUUUGUGUCACUGUUGGGUUGGUUCUGCUCGCAUUACUUUACUGUUCUUGCAAGCAUUAUAGCAAGAUUCUUGAAUCCAAGUUUAUGACUUUUCAGAGCAACUCCCAGCUUAGCCAUGCUGAUGUGGCAAUGGAUGUCCUGCAGCCUCGAGAAGUACCUGUACAUGAGUGUGGGGGAUCACCACCACAUUCCUCAUGGCUGCCACCUUUGUUAUCACUUACCUCCCCAGAGCAGUAUUCCAGGUCAGGAAGGUUGCCUCAUAUCAUACCAUCUUCCCAGCCACCAAAAUAUCAACUCCCACCCCUUUACCAAGAGGGUACAACUACUCAAAAUGACUGGGGCAGUAUCUGUAGAUUUAAGAUGACAUCUUCUAAAUGACAGCAAGAGCAAAUAUACAAAUAGACAAUUUGCAUGCUAGGAAGUACUGUCCGUAUCGUGCAGGAAAAAAUAGGAAAAGGCUAAGUAUUUAAUUUUUCAAUUUCAGAUAGAACAUAAGUUACAUAAUCUAUGCCUAACCAAGAGGCAUAAGCAGAAUCAGAAUCCCGAAACUAAGUAUCAGAACAAAAUGCCAAAUACAUAAGGUAAAGUUAUCUAUAGAUAAGGUGGACAGACUAACAUGUCUGCACCAGUCAGUCAAAAAAUGUAUACCAUACUGAUGCUAGUAGGACUGAGCCAAAAUUGAGUGAAACCAAUUUCAUUAUGACUCCAUAUAUUUUGUGAAGAAAGCAGAACUGUCAGGAGAACCACAACAAAUGCCAGUGUUUCCACUGAAACUUGAAGACCCUAUAAGCCCUGAGUUUCUGUGUUAUCCUAUAAUUAUAUCCACAUCUUUUAAAAAAAUAAGAGCUCCCUAACAUGAAAUGCUUCUCUUCCCAUGUCAUUGUAUAAUGUACUUUUAUAAUUAGAUUUUCAAGUUACCAGCUUGCUUUCUUAUAGCAAGACUGGCUCUUAUUCUGCUUCUAUCUGUGACAAUUCAAGGAUGAUGGUAGAAAAAAAUUGCAUAAAAAAUUUUGUAAAAGCUUUUCAGAUAUUUUGGAAAUCUUUCAGUUUAACAGACUAACAUAUACAAAGUUUUAUUCAUUACUUCCAAUUAUAAACUACUUUAAAACUGCAAAAAUCCUCUAUGAAUUUGGUCUAUUGCACAUGAUGCUGUCAAAGUACCACCAAUACCACCACUUUGAAAGGAGAUGAGUACAGAGCGCCCUUUCCAGAAUUACCCCAAGACUCUACUGGAGAGAGUGGAGAGCCACGAUCAUCAGACCACUGACAUUACAACUGCGAUAAUGAA